UCAUUGAUCUGAUCUGCUGCAGCAGAGCCUCGGUUUAUUACAGUGUUUAUACAGCAUAUAUUACAUGAUAUUGUAUUGAUCGCCAUCAUCUGUGUCAAUUACCAGCAGCUCUCUUUCAAACUGAAGUUUAUGACAGUAUCAAAGUCCAGUUGGCUCAGAGGAUCGGGUAUAAGUGGUCUGCGGCGCUCUGUCACUGCAGACAAGGAGCCAUUAUUAUCAGCGUCCACAUCACAGAGACACAGGCUGGGACCGUCUCGCUCGUUUGGACCUCAUACCCCGCAGAAAAACAGACCCUUUAUGCGGUUAAAAUGUUCAGGAAAUCUCUGCUAAACAUCGGACUGCGAGUGAACCGUCCGCAACAUGAGGUCCUGCAGAGAGCGACGGUGAAUUACGGGGACACGAUGCGCCGCCGAGACGCGUCCUCCACCACAGUGAUGGGUGACAACGUCAAACUGAAAACUAUGGACGAUUUAGGCGGGCCAAGUUUUUUGACCACCUUGAACUGGCUCUUUGUGAAGGGCUAUUUCCAGACGACGCAACAAAUGCAAAUUGAGCACCGUAAGAUCUAUGGCCCUCUGUGGAAGUCAAAGUACGGCCCUCUGGUUGUGGUGAACGUGGCCAGCGCCGAGCUGAUAGAGCAGGUGCUGAGGCAGGAGGGGAGACACCCGGUCCGUACAGAGAUGCCCCACUGGAGGAAAUACAGAGAGCUCAGGAACCAGGCCCAAGGACCCCUGACAGAAAUCGGGGCCAAGUGGCAGCGCAUCCGCAGCAUCCUGAAUCCCCGGAUGUUGAAGCCCAAACACGUCUCGUCGUACGCUAACACCAUCAACGAGGUGGUGACCGACUUCACCGAAAGAGUGGCCUGGCUGAGGGACACCAGCGGCAGGGGAGUUAUGGUCAAUGACCUGACUGCAGAACUCUACAAAUUUGCUUUUGAAGGGAUCUGUUCAGUGUUGUUUGAGAGGCGUAUGGGCUGUCUGAAUGAGAUGGUGCCCGAGGAAACACAAAAGUUCAUCUUCUCCGUUGGGGAAAUGUUCAGGCUCUCCCCAAUCAUCGUCCUCUUCCCCCAGUCCAUGUGGCCUUACCUGCCUUUCUGGAAACAGUUUGUGGAAGCCUGGGAUUAUCUCUUCAAAAUCGCUGAAGAGUUGGUGCAGAAAAAGAUGGAGGAGAUCCAGGAGAAGGUGCACCUGCAGCAGGACGUGGAGGGAGCGUACCUUACACACCUGCUGCUCAGUGAGAAGAUGACGGUCACUGAGAUCCUGGGCAGCAUCACCGAACUCCUGCUGGCAGGGGUCGACACAACCUCCAACACUAUCUCAUGGUCUCUGUAUCUCUUGGCGAAGGACCCGGAGAUACAAGAACAGUUAUACCAGGAAGUGAUAAGUGUUUGCCCUGGAGACAAGGUGCCAGCCAGUGAUGACAUUGCUCGGAUGCCAUAUCUAAAGGCCGUCAUCAGAGAGACGCUACGGCUGUAUCCAGUGGUACCAGGAAAUGCCCGUCUCACUGUUGAAAAUGAGAUUGUGGUGGGAGAUCAUCUCUUCCCCAAAAAGACGCUGUUCCACCUGUGCCACUACACUGUGUCCUAUGAUGAGAAUAUUUUCCCUGACCCCCACGCCUUCCUGCCACAGCGUUGGCUCCGAGGAACGGAGGAGAAGUCCAAGCACCCAUUUGGGUCAGUGCCUUUUGGUUUUGGAAUCCGAGCGUGUCUGGGCAGACGGGUGGCAGAGCUGGAGAUGUAUCUCCUCCUGUCCAGGUUGAUAAAACACUACGAGGUAAGGCCGGAUCCUGCUGGAACCACAGUCAAGCCGAUCACCAGAACCCUGCUUUGCCCUGCUAAGCCAAUCAACCUGCAGUUUCUGGACAGAAGAGUCCAGCAAGACGAGCAGAGAGCAACGGCAGGAGUUUCUCUGUGAGCUGUUUUAGUAUUCACGUUGUGUUGUCUGCCUGUCACCAAGCACUUGUUUAUAGGCCUGGCUGGAAUGCACCUAAACUGUGGCAUAAAAUACAAGCUGAUUGUAGAUGUGGAAGGUUGUACGGUGAAGAGUACAAUGCUGUACGUAAUGUGAAUUAUUUAGUUUCAGUUCCACAAAUGCCAUGUGUUUUUUCAAUUGUCAGGCCACAGAGCUGAAAGUAUCCUGGGUCCAAACCUGAUUACAGUAGGGCUGACUGGAGUGUGUACUACUCACACCAAACUCCUGCAGGGCAUAUCUUGAGUUAUUCUCUUUUCUUACAACAAAUUCUAUUAAAAGACCAAAACUAACAAUGUGUUAGUCUUUCUCUCAAUACUUUCAGAUUCCUUUGCUGUGGUCCCAAGCCCACCGGUUCCUACUGAAAAAAUACAUCUUUUAAAAUGGGUCACAAAAAUAUAGUUUUAUUUUCUUUAAAGGCUCAGUAAUUUCCUCAAAUAGGAAGAUGAAAAAGUGCAUUUAUAAGGGACUAAUUUCAGCUGCAUAUUACACUUGAUGUACGUUUGUGAUUAUUUCCAGCAACAGGACAGUGUUGGUGGGAUUUGAGUCAAAAUAAACUACAACAUGCGUGUUCAUGGUAAUGAAAGAACAUGUCAGCCGGUGCACCGGUGUGGCUCAGUGACGUGUUUUUAAUUGUUUUUAUGGCGCUCUAUGGCACAGAGGAGUAAGAUAUAUCAGGCUUUGUUUACACAAAUAACACUUAUUAGUAGGAUCAAUCCAUUGUUGGUGAUGUUGAUGGGAUAUGUUUAAUAUAAGAAAAUGAUUGAAUAUAGAAGCACUGACCUGAGAGCUGUUGUUGGUGCAUUAGCACUGGUCCUAAAAGCUUCUAAGAUGGUUUAAGUAAUUUUAAAACUCCUAUCUAUAUAUAGUAAUUAUUUUUUGUACAUAAAGAAAUGUAUUUUUAUGUUUUAACAGUGGCCAGUGUUUCAUGUAAUAUGUCAGUGGGUUGAAAAUACCCAUAACAUCAAGUUUUGAAACCAGUACACAGUCUGUAGAGAGGUUUAAGUCUCUUUCCAACAGUGCGAUUAUCAUUCUGAGUUUGAAUCCUUACCACAGCAUUCUCCUCUGUCUUCUGAUGUUGUCCAAUAAAAUUGUUGCAGAAAUGCCACAGAUGUGUAUUCUAA